ACUCCUAUAAAUGUUCAAAUUGUGAGAAUUUUCGAGUCUGCUAUUUCAAGAUUUCCUUCAGAUUCUCUCGGUAUUAUUGUUUAUAAUAGUGAAAAAAUGGGAGAAAAAACUGUAACUCCUAAAGCGAAAAGAUGGGCAUUUACAUCCAAAAAGAAUAUUGAGAUUUGUGAUAAAAAUCAGUUUGUAAAAAUUAUUAAAGAUUUUUACGAUUCAGAUAAGGAUGAUCAUAUAGAAUUAAUCGAUUAUAAAGCCAAUCAUUUUGAUAUAAUCAAUUUGAUAGGUGAGAAUGUAACAAUCGAUCCGAGUGAGAAAGAAUAUAUUGACAGAAAAGUUGAUGAGAUUGAACCACUUGACUUCUAUAAGGUUGUUUUUGUGACUGUUCCAAUUAAAAUGUCUAUUGAACGGCAGCAAAAGAGAGCUUGUUUAGGUGAAUUGGUCGAAAGGGAGUAUUUGGAAAUGCUUAAUGCUUAUUACCUUAAAGAUAUUGAUUUGGUUUAUCCCGAGAAUUUAAAAUUUGAAAAUAUUGUUAAUCUUUGUGGCGGUGAUGAUUGUGCACAAUGUCUUGAUAUAAAAAUGAAUUCUUCAUCAAACACAUCUCCUUCACCUGUUAUUGUCCUUGAGCCUGACAAUAUCGAAGAAGAAGGAACUUUAUUAUAUUGCCGUUCGAAAUUAAUAGAACCAAUCGAAUCAAAUCGAUUUUACGUGUAUGAUGCUAUUGAUUCCAUAUCCCACCCCGAUAAAAAAUAUAUGUUAUCUUUGUUAACUAUUCGGGAGGAUGGAACAAAAUUCACAAUAAAUAUUUCUGUCGAUUCU